GGAAAAACGCAUGAAUGACCUUCAAAGAGAACAACGCUUUUUAGUUGAGGAAAUGCAGAGGUCGAUUGACCAUCGUGAGAUAAUUCGAACAAAAGGUCAGGCGAUCCAAAAUGCGACCAAGAAGAACGGGAGAGGGGCCACGAGACUAGAUGUGGAUAAGGAAAGUGCCAGGAUGUUUAAGGAGCUCAAUGAAAAAAGAGAAGAGGCGCAACUGAAGGAAAGACUUAUUAGAGAAAGUCUUGUCGAAAUUGAGAAAAAGAGUAAAGAAAUUGAAACCAUUCAGCGUGAAGUUGAAAACCUUGACGAGCAAGUAACAGAACUUCAAGCACAGUUGUUGUCAGCACAAAAAGAAUGUGACCGACUGGAAGAUGAGAAAAGGAUAAAAAAUACAACUCUUCAGCGUCUUCGUGACGCUGAAAACGGUGCUUACAAUUUGGCAGUUAGUCCAGAGGAGCUCAAUGAGGAAGUUACACACCUUGAAGAAAAGCGAAAAAUGUUAGUUGAGAUUAUAGAUGAUUUAACAAAUCGGUAUCCUGAAUUGGAGGAGGAAUUGUCUGACAUUCUUUCAGCACUUUAA